AUGACCUAUGACACUUGUUCUCAAUGUACGAGACCUAACGCUCAGCUCGUACAAUCUAUCCAUCUACUCUCUCUCAACCCUUUCCUACCUCAAGUCUCAAAACGUAUCUACUCUACCCUCCACAAUUCUUCCCCUACAACCAUCGCCACUUACCUUCUUUCCCUUUAUGCGCAUUACGGACCGGAGGAUGUAUUGGUGAGAAGUGUGCGACAUCCGGUAUGUGAUGUAGGGGUGUGUAGAGAGAUCCGACGGUUAUGGGAUAUGAGAAGGGGUGACUUCUCAGUGGAAGAGGUCGAAAAGACACAAGACGGUGUUAAGAUUGGACCAUUGUCAUGUGUCGAAUUACCAAGAAGAUUAUUUCGACCACCUUUUCUUCUACCAACAUCUUCAUUCAAACCUCCUCGAGCAUCACAAACUACCGUGUUCUCAUCCAAUCAACAUACACAAGAUCCACUUUCUGUUGAUGAAACCUUUUCAGCAAACUCGACUCUCCACCCACUUCUGAUCCACCUAUUCUCAACUUAUUCUCCUUCACCGAAUUCCCACAAAGGUUAUCCUCUAUGUCGUGCUGUUUUAGCUAGAGACGUGUCGUUGAUCCAGUUUUUAUUGUAUCACGGUGCUGACCCAAGUGUGAAAGGGUGGAUGGCUUUGGAGUUGGCAAUACAUAUGAAGGAUUUGGAGCUUGUUAGGUUGUUGGUGGAUCGGAAUUGGGUGGAGCGUCAGACGUCGAAAGGUGUGGAAGAAGAGGUAAAUGGUAGAUGUAAGAAAAGGAGAAGGAUAUCUAUAACGAUCGAUCCGAAAUUUGUCGAUCUCGCUAUGAAGAAAGGAGCACAUGACGUGGUGGAAUAUUUUGUAAAGGAAAAGGGUGAGUCCAGUUGA